GGAACUCAAGACUAUAAAUCAUCCGGUGUUCUCUCGGCUGCACUCUUUCCUGGUUCUCCUUCUUACCUGUAAUAAACGUCCUACUGUGAAGCUGUGAUGGACCGCUGGACGGGCAGAGUGGCUCUGGUGACCGGAGCUUCGGUCGGGAUCGGAGCGAUUAUCGCCAAAGAGCUGGUCCGGUUCGGCAUGAAGGUGGUGGGCUGCGCAAGAAACGUGGACAAGAUACAGGCGCUGGCGGUAGAGUGUCAGACUGCAGGCUACAGUGGCGUCCUGAUCCCAUACAAGUGCGACCUGACCAGUGUGGAAGACAUCCAGUCCAUGUUCGCAGCCAUCAAAGCGAAGCACAAAGGCGUGGACGUCUGCAUUAACAAUGCCGGCGUGGCUCACCCUGAGCAUCUGCUGAGCGGAAAAACCAGUGGCUGGAAGAACAUGCUGGAUGUGAAUGUUUUGGCUCUUAGCAUCUGCUCUCGUGAAGCGUACCAGUCGAUGAAAGAAAGAAAAAUUGAUGAUGGGCACAUCAUGAACUUGAACAGUGGGAUAUAUCAGUACUUCUUUGUAAAUGUUGGCCCAUCAAAUAUUUUCUUCUGUUUCAGCAUUGGUGGGCACAAUGUAAUUAACAACAGCGACGUCCAUUUCUACACGGUCACCAAAUACGCCGUGUCCGCACUGACUGAAGGCCUGAGGCAGGAGCUAAGAGAGGCCAAGACUCACAUCAGAGCUACAUCUAUUUCUCCUGGUAUGGUUGAGACUGAAUUUAUUUAUCGGCUCUACAGCGAUAACCCUGAGAAAGCUAAGGCAGCAUAUUCUCGCUUUAAGACCUUGGAAGCAAUAGACGUUGCGAAUGCUGUUGUAUAUGUCCUAAGUGCCCCUCCUCAUGUUGAGAUCGGAGAACUUUUGUUCCGACCUGUGGAGAUGCAAAUAUGAUCUUACAACCAUACGAUGGCUACAUUUUACAUACACUCAUUCUACAUAUGAUUUCUGUACCGCAUCUAUGAAAUGAAUGACUGUAAUCACUAUUCAAAAGAAUAAAAGUCUGAUUUUAAGGUGAAA